AUGAACACCGUCACAGCCGCCGCUCUGCUCGGCUUGUUCUUCGCCGUUUUGGUCCAAUCAGCUCCCGUCCCCGCCGAGCCCCCGGCGGCGUUCAGAGAGGCGGCCGAGCGAGCAAAGACUCUGGUGGAGAAACUCCUGGAAGACAUCCCGACCGCGCACGCAGCCGCCAUCACCACGCAGGGCCUGACGCUGGACGCCGGCGCUCACAACAACCUGCAGAUGAUGGUGGAGACGCUUGGCUUCCCAGACACGCCGGUCCUCAAACAGCUGUCCCAGAGCUUCACACUGGACGUGUACGUCAGUCGUAUGUCGGCAGGCAGCAGGUUGUACCAGGGGCUGCUGGGAGUUCUGUCGGAGCGCGUGACUGGACUGAGCGACCUGCGAUCCGACCUGCGUGACCUGCUGACCCAGAUCACCAAGAUGAGGGAGGCGGCUCAGCUCGGUGCAGAUGAAGACCAGAACCCGAGUCUGGACCUCGCUUCUCGUCUCCAUGGUAACUACGAGGUCCAGGUGGCGGCCCACCUGACGCUAGUGAGGCUCCGCUCCUUCUGCCACGACCUGAUCCGCAGCCUGAGAGCCGCCGCCAGCUACAAGGCAGCGGACUCAGUGCUGCGUUCAGGGACUCUGUGCUGCAUUCAGGAACUCAGUGCUGCGUUCAGGGACUCAGUGCUGCGUUCAGGGACUCUGUGCUGCAUUCAGGGACUCUGUGCUGCGUUCAGGGACUCUGUGCUGCAUUCAGGGACUCAGUGCUGUGUUCAGGGACUCUGUGCUGCAUUCAGGGACUCUGUGCUGCGUUCAGGUACAUGCAGGACAACUCUGUCUCUCUGCAGAGACAUUGUGCACUGA